CUAUAUCUCUGCAGCAUGGCUUUCUCUGACAUCAUCAUUCUGCUGCUGAUGCCCAUUGACCUCUACAAGCUGUGGAACUUCCAGCCCUGGCUGCUGGGCGAUGUGGUCUGCAAGCUGUCGCAGUUCCUCAGCGAGGGCUGCACCUUCGCCAGUAUCCUACACAUCACGGCGCUGAGCGUGGAGCGCUAUCUGGCCGUGUGCUUCCCGCUACACGCCAAGGUGCUGGUGACUCGUGGCAAGGUGAAGGCGCUUAUCGGGGUGCUGUGGACGGCGGCACUGCUGAGCGCCGGACCCGUCUUCGCACUGGUGGGUGUCGAGCAGCUGGACGACAGCGGCGGGACCGAGUGCCGCUGCACGCAGUACGCCAAGGCCUCAGGCCUCUUGGGUACAAUGAUGUGGCUUUCCAAUCUGUACUUCCUGGUGCCCGUCUGCUGCCUCAGCCUCCUGUACGGACUCAUCGCCCGCAGGCUGUGGCACCGGCGGCACUGUGCCCACCGGGACAGGGCCAACCGGCAGACCGUCAAGAUGCUGGCGGUCAUCGUCCUGGCCUUCGUCCUCUGCUGGCUGCCCUUCCACGUGGGCCGCACCCUCUUCUCCAUGUCUCUGAGCUCCAGCCCGGACAUGUACUACAUCAGUCAGUACUUCAACCUUGUCUCCUUUGUGCUCUUCUACCUCAGCGCGGCCAUCAACCCCAUCCUCUACAACACCAUGUCCACUCGGUACCGUGCAGCGGUACGCAGCCUGCUGGGCCUCACCGCUCCCGCUAGGCGGGGCGGCAGCGGCUCCGGGGGGGGCAUGCAGCUGGUUGCCGCCCCCCCGCGCUUCCCACAUCUCAUUCCCCUGCAUUCUAACUCCACCUCAAACCUGUAA